CGGAUACGAAAUACGGAAAAUGUUUCAAUAGAGAUGGCAAAACUUUCACGACGUGCCUCGUCGUCUGCAGCAACGCCAUCAACAGCAAAAACAGCAACAGACACUGCAACAGCCCCACCUCCUCCUCAUCCUAGUCAUGCCACAGGCUUGCCUCAACGCAUCACCCGCCGUGCCACCAGCAACCAUAACAACAACAACAACAGGCCCCGAGCGGCAGCACUCAUUGAUACCAGCGCCGAUGUCCUGCAAGAGACUCCAUCGCCAUCACCGACACCGCCGACGCACACCAACAGCAACAACAACACUGCCACACGAAAUGAAAGCACCGCUGCACCUGCACCCGCCCACAACACGGCCACGCCCUACAUGCCACUGCUGCCUCCGGGCGAGCGAAAUCUGACCGACGCCGAGAAUGCCGCUGAGCGAGCAAGGAUCCGGGAGGAGUUCUUCGCCACCUACGACGUGAUGACCGGCGUGAGGAUCGCGGCCACGCUGGGCGGUUUCUUUGGCCUAAUGGUGUUCCUCAUCGUGUGGAAGAGUCGGAGCAGCAGCAACGAGACCCUGAAAGUGCUGAAGGACCCCAAGAUGGCGGCAGUGGCCUCCUUGUGCAUGCAAGAGGAGGAGGAGCGCGAGAUCCAGGAGGCCAUUGUAGCCACGGGGAUGUCCAUAUACCCGGAUGAGUACGAUGCCAUGGUGUACCGCCGCCAGCGGAUGCUCUCCUUGGGCAAUGUGAGUGCCCCGCCAUUGCUGAACCGAGGCUAUCGUUGCGGAUCAGUGGGUGGCGUGGGUGCUGGUGUCCCAAUGGGCUAUAGCUAUCUCCUGGAGCCACCGCGACGCUUCUCCUACUCGGCCAUGUCCGCCGGCGGCGGUCCGCCCGGUCCCAUAGGACGUCGCAAGAGCGGCUCGGAAUCCUCGCGCAUCUUCAGCAACUAUCCCAUGGGCGGCAGUUUUGGCACCGACGACUACUUUGUCGAGACCGAGGACGAGCUGGAGCACGAGGAGUACAUGCAGAGGGAUGCUCGCGACGAGCCGGAACACCCACAUCAUCAGCGCACAGAUUCCACGCGCAGCAAGCAGGGUUUUCUGUCCGUACCCAUGGCGGGUCACGACUCACGUCGCAGCAGUGCCAUGACCUGCUGCAGCACGGACAGCUCUUACCUAGAGCGUCGCACCUCCGCCUAUACGCUGGGCAUGAGCAAUCUGCCGCCGACGCUGCAGAGGAAGCUAUCGACGGCAUCGCGCACAUCAAGUAUCGAGAACUGGGACUAUUACUACCCGGACAUCCAGGUGAUACAGCCCACGCCGAAGGCUUCGCCGUGUCCGUCGGAGCGCAGCAUUCACGAUCCCUCGACAUCGACGCCGCCGCGGAGCUCGUGCCUGAGUGCGCCCAGCGUUAAGCGAAAGCACAGCAUUGUCUCCUACGAUCCGGACAGUGCCCAGGCGGGACGUAAGCAGCAGAUUCAUUCGAUAAGUGCGGAUACCGUGGACGUGUAUCCCUACAACCAGACCGCGCUGGCGGACACUGUGGAACUGGGGCUGCCGCUGCCCAAGCCCAUUCAAUCGGCCCCGCCUACCAGCGCACAUCAGGCCUUCCACUUCUGUGACUCGCCCUCGGAAGAGCUCCGUUUGGGAGUGAGGCGAAAGUUGACUCUCGUGGAGCUUCAGCGGAACGAGAGCAACAACAACAGUUUCCCGUAUACGGCCAACGCAGCGGCACCUGCGAGCACGGGUGGGGAUGGGGGUACGGGUACGGGUACGGUGGCCACCUCCAGCAGCAUCAGCGUGGACAGUACUCCCGUGAGCUUGGACCGCCUGAAUGGUAGUCUCAGCCUUGGGACCAUUUCAGUCUCGGCCAAGGUGCCGCUGAAUGUCAAUGGAAAUCCCGAAAAAAGAGCGCCACUCGCCUCACUAAGUUCCUUUAAGAUUUCCUCGCUGGAGUGCCCCGACUCCGAGCUGCGCUCCCUCGAGGAGGACUCUGUGUUCGGGCUGGAGAGUCCCGCAGACACCGACGACGAUAUGCAGCAGUUGAGCAGCGACAGCGAGGAGCAGGCCGUGGCCAUGGCGGUCAUCGAAGCAGCUGCCGCAGCGGCAGCAAAAUCAGCAGCGGCACAGGGCCAGGGCACAUCGGUGCAGGCCAGUGGCGACCUUAAGCCCAAUCCCUUGCCCCAGGUCAUUGCUUUGAAGCGGAUGAGCCUAAGUGGCGUGGCUACGGCGGGUGGGGGAGGAACGGGCGCCCGGCCACGUCGACCGCUGCUCCAACGGCAUCGCACCAUCAGUACCGCUUCCAGCGAUCGUGUGUCUCUUAUUGGGCCACACAGUGGGCAGUCUUUGCCGCUGCAACAGUUCCAGGGCCAUGUUCUGCCAGUGACUGCCGAGGCGGUGCCUCUCGAGACACACUUUGGCGCCAUUGUAAGCCACAGUCCACCGCGCCGGGGCCCGCUGCUGCAGCAGUACAGUGAUCCGCAGAGCUUGCCCACGACGACGACAACCACAACGACCACCACCACGGAGGAUGACACUUGUUCCACACUCAACACGGAACUGGGACUCCUCGACGCAGUGGCCGGAGGUGGAGGAACCGGUGGCGGAGAGUCCAAUACCCACACACAGUACAGCAGUAUGAACACGGUGAUCAGCGUGGGUCGCUCCACUCCCAGUCCCGGCCAUAGUCCCAGUGCCAGCGCCAGCGCCACCACAAGUCCCCGGAUGGACAAUAACUAUGCGUGUUCCCAGGCCCGCGAGGCUCCGGCACUGCAACCAGCUCAACUGCCACUCAACUCUAGACUGGUGCACGAUCACGAUCCCUGCCCCUCCUCCAAGUCCGACUCGGUGAUAGCUACACGCCCACAGAGCAUUUGUGUGCCCUCCUCCCUCAAGGACCUGAUACUGCGAAAGGGCACUGCUACCGCGGGCAUCAGCAAAAGCGCCACGAACCUAAGCCUGCCCAGCAAUGAGGUGGGAGCCAGAGCCACCACCACUUCAACAACGACUGCGACGCCCGCCGUCAUGCUAGAGCUUCCCCUGAUCAGGCUGCCAAACGACGACGAGAACGAAAACGAGAACGACAACGAGGAUGUGGACGAUGAUAAUGUGGAGGCUGGCGAAGACAAACGCGAUCCCAGCCUGCCCGGCACUUCCAGAAAAUGGUCCAAGGAGACACUCUUCUAGCCCAGUUUGUUGCCGCUGCUAGUACGCAUGCAGUUCCGUGUGCCGGGCCAGUAUUUAAGAGCUUAGCAACCGACUUUUGUAUGCAUGGUGAUGGGCUGAUGGGCUGCAGUGAAAACCGCCAAGUCAAGAUUGAUUCUACUGAUUCAUUUUGUCUGUGAUAAUAUCGAGAAUCGGACUCUUAAAUGAUCAAGAAUGGGAUCCCUAACUAACGAUUUUUUCUUUUAAAUAGUUUUCUCAGUAUUCUCAAAGUUACUACUACUCAAUAUCUUUUAUUCUGUAAAUAUAUCCAUCCGUUAGCACAAGUUGAUCAUUAGCUGAUGAUAUUUUCUUCCGAAUAAUUUAGAAGAAUCCUUUUUAUAAUUCCUAAAUCCAAUCUUUUGUCCCUGAAGUAAUCAUGUCUUUGAUGAUGGAGAGGUUUUCACUAAGCGCAUGGUCUGGCAGCCAAUUUCCUGGGUUGCUCAAAACAGCCAUCAUGAAACGAGUAUUUAGGCAUAUUAAUAUUGGGAGGAUUAGAUUAAGCGCAUUUAGUCACAGUAUAAGUUAGUUUGGGUUACUCCGAGUCGGCACUGACUGACCGAUGAGUGUGUAUGCAGAUACCAGUAGCUAUAGUACACGCCUACUAUACCUAUAUGUAUAGCUAUUUCUUGAGGUUAGGAAGAAGGUUAAGAGCAGCAACAAUGUAUUCGUACUUAGAGACUGUUGUCUAUUAUUGUUAAUAGGAUUCUGUAAGUUAAGUAGUGAUACUCGGAUUUAUUUUCACACUAUCUAUAUCUACAGAAAGAGAUGAGAUGUGUACGAAUAUAUAUAUUUGUAUGCAGACAAAAGGAGUGGAGGUUAAAGUUUAUAUAUAUUUCUAUAGAUAUAUCGAUCGC